UCGUGUUUUCUCUCUCUUUCAAUCAGUGUCACUCUCUGACUUUUAAAACUAAGAUGGUUGCACUCAAGACGGUUCAUCCACCGAUUUCUUGUUCUUCUUCCGGUUCCGUGAUUGGACCUUUAGUUCCGGUUCCAAAGAUUGGCUUCGUGAAGUUGCCGUUGCAUUCUUUGGGGAUGAAUGGCGGUAAGUUGAGCUUGGUUCAGGCGACUGAGGAGUCUACUGUCGCGAUGACGAAUGGUCGUGCUGCUGUUGUUUCCAGUGAAAAUCCAUCCCAGAUGGUUACUAAUGGAAAGGCAGGAAACAUCGUAUGGCACAAAAGUUCAGUUGGUAAAGUUCAUCGGCAAGAGUUACUUCAGCAAAGUGGUUGUGCCAUAUGGAUUACGGGUCUCAGUGGCUCAGGGAAGAGCACUUUGGCAUGUGCUCUGUGCCAAUCCUUGUAUUCUAGAGGAAAGUUGAGUUACAUCCUUGAUGGUGAUAAUGUUCGACAUGGGUUAAACCGCGACCUUAUUUUUAAAGCUGAAGAUCGUGCAGAAAACAUACGAAGGAUUGGAGAGGUAGCAAAGCUCUUUGUUGAUGCUGGCGUCAUCUGCAUUGCCAGUGUGAUAUAUAUUAUGCAUUAGAUUGUCAGCAUCGGUGUCCUUUGUUAGGCCUCAUUAAUGCCUUGUAAUGGGGGAUGGAUUGAGUGGCAAGUUAUUGGUGUA